ACGAGGCUUCCAAACAAAGGAGAAACGCAGAUAGAGCGAGCGUGGGAGAGAGAGUUUAAGAAGAUAGAGAGAAAUGGCUAUCCGUCUUCGUCACCCUCUUCGUCACCAUUUAUUAAAUCCAAAUCAUCAUACUAAUAAACCUCUUCGGGUUCGCAAAUUCUCAAUUAAAAAUGAAAAAUCAGAACCAGUUGAACCACACAAGAAGGAAGAUCAAAUUGAGAAUGAGAAGCUUUGUGUUUUUCUGAUUGAGAAGGCAUUAAGUAGACUCCCAGAUGGGAAAGAAGAAAUACUUGGAAUAUUUGACUUCCGAGGAUUUGGCACAGAGAAUUCUGACUUUGAAUUUUUGAGGUUUCUGUUCGAUGUGUUCUACUAUUACUAUCCAAAGCGGUUGGGACAGGUUCUGUUUGUGGAUACCCCCUUCUUGUUUUUUCCGCUUUGGCAGCUAAUCAAGCCCUUAUUAAGAUCAUAUGCUUCUCUUGUGAGAUUUUGCUCUGCUGAUACGGUACGGAAGGAAUACUUCACUGAAACGACAGUCCCAACAAACUUCAGAGACUAAUAAAGCAAUCUACACACAUGACAUUCUUAAGAAAUGAAGUUGAAGACAAUUAUGCUAAGAGAGACAUAAAGGUGAAGGUUAUGAACACUGUGAUGAGUUUUGAAUUCAAAGGGUUGGCUAGAACAGAUAUGGGUCUCCUUCAAUUGAAAGAAAAGAUCAAGCCCCUAAUUAGAUUGCAGCCUAAUGAGGAAGUGGAUUUAAUAUGGUAUAGUGACCCCUGUUUACCAGAUUCAUUGCUUACUGAAGAAGAAUUUUGGAGGUUUUGGGAUAAUGCAGAAGUACAUGAGAAUUGGACUACACUGCAUAUGCAAGUUAUCAUUCCACAUGAGUAUUCAGAAGGGUUAACAGAGGUAGCUAUUCCACACAAGUAUUUGACACCAACAAAGUCUUCAACACCAAAGAAACCAGUGAGCAAAACCAAGCAAAUUCCUAUAAGAACAAGUCCUAGACUAUCUAAGAAGAAGAACCAAUGUCAGGCAGCAAACAAGAAGUUAUUCAUUGACUUAGAUAAAGAAGAAGUAUAUGUUCCUCAAUUUACCCAACAAACACAGUCUAGUGUAGCUGACAACAUACCUGAAGAACAAUUUGAAACAUUUAAUCAUGACUUUUGGUUUGAAUCAACACAGGCAGCAAGCGUUGUUGAGGAUGAUCAGUAUGUUGUACAACUUCCAAAUGAAGAACCUGAUGAGUGUCACCCUGAGCAGGAUUUAGAAAACUUCAACUGUGGGUAUGAUAAUGAAGAACAACAUGCAAAGGACUAUGAGGAAUUUUUGAAAAAGGCUGCGGAUGGUGGCUUGGCAGAUAAUUUUGAUGAUCCUAACUUUGGUGAGGUGGAGGUUGAUAAUGACAAUGAAGAGGAUCAUUAUGGGGAUAUAGUGAGUUCUGAUGGAGAAGAUGAAGGUGGACAAGAACAAGCUAAACCAGGUGGGCCUGAAUGUAAUGCAACUCACCAGUUUAAUGGACCUCAAGCUAAUGAGCCCUGUCCCACAGCAGAGUUUGAGAAAGAAUAUGCAGAGCACUUUAGGCAAGAAGAAGAGGAAGACUUGUUCCAAGAGGAGAUAGGUGAGGAAUUUAAUCCUACUAAACUUGUAGUUGGUACCAAAUAUGUAGAUAAAAAUGAAUUUAAGAAACAUGUUAGGCAUUUCUGUGUAAUGAAUGGACAUGAAUUUGUAUGGAAUAAAUGUGAUAAUAAGCAACAAAGAGCAGUAUGUGUUAAUUGUGAGAAGACGGAAUGUAAGGUCUUUAUAUAUGGCAUCAAGCGAAAAGGUGAAGGAGACACCUUUACACUCAGAGGGUAUAAUAUAGAACACAACCACCAAGGUCGUGGAGAUGGGUACAACAGAAGUGCAAUUCCUCCUUAUGUAGCUGAUUGGUACAUGGAAAAAAGAAGGGAGACAGGUUGUGAUGCAGAAAUACCUUGUCCAUAUGACUUAGCAGCACAAUUUAAAAGGGACACAAAGGUCACCAUUGCAUACCAUACUGCAUGGAGGGCAAGGGUUAUGGUGUUGGAGAAGCUAUAUGGGAGUUAUGAGAAGAGUUACCAACAAGUUCCUAACUUUUGUGAAAUGGUUAAGAGGAGAAACCCAGGAAGCCAUUGUUCUUUCUCAUAUGGCACUCUAGACAAUACGUUCCUUUCUUUAACCAUAUCAUUUGCUCCUGCAAUAAAGGGGUGGAAGGCUGGAUGUAGAAGGGUCAUUGGCUUGGAUGCUUGUCACUUGAAUGGAAAGUUUGGUGGUGUGAUGCUAUGUGCAACAGGUCUGGAUGGUCAGAAUGGCUUAGUUAUGCUAGGUAUAAUGGUGUGUAGGAACGAAACCAUAGAAAAUUGGAAGAUUUUCCUUGGAGAUUUGAAGCCUCUGGUAGAUGAAGAUGGUGUGCGUAUCUGUUUCAUCUCAGACAAGCAAAAGGGAAUCUUGGAGGGUGUUGACUAUCACUUUCCUUUAGAUGAACACAGAUAUUGUUUUAGGCACUUGCUUGCAAACUUCAAGAAGACCUACAAGAGUUUUAGUUUGCAGAACCAUCUUUGGAAUGCAGCUAAAUGUUACAAGAAAAAGCAUUUUGAGGAACAUAUGGCCAAGAUGAAGGCUGAGAAUGCUGAUGCUGCUUGGUAUCUCUUGAAAGAAGAAAAACCACAAACCUGGUCCAGGUCCCAUUUCGAAAAAGACAGCAAAUGUGAGCACCUUAAUAAUAACUUUUCUGAGUCCUUCAACAAUAUGGCAAAGAAGAUGAGGGAUAAGCCCAUCUGCAAGUUAGGCCUGAUGUAUGGAGAUCUGGUGAUGAAUACUUGGUAUAAGAGAAGAAAUGAGUCUGCAAAAUGGAGAGAUGGUGACAUAGUUCCUAAAGCAAUGAAGUUGAUAGAAAAGAUGAUAGCUUUGAAUCCUAAUUUUAAGUUGGUUCCAGCUGUGAAGUACAAAGUCUAUGAAGUGAUUAGUGUGCAUGAAGCAGUUUUUAUUGUGGAUCUUGAGAAGAAAAUUUGUAGCUGUUUGCAAUGGGAGUUAAGGGGAUUUCCAUGCCAGCAUGUUGUAUGUGCUUUGGCUCCAAUGAGACCUAACUGGGCUGAGUACUGUAGCCCUUACUACACAAUGGACUACUACAAGAAGACAUAUGCUCCUGAAUUCAAUCCACUAGAGGGUCUAGCUGACUGGAUAGAGCCAGAAAAACCAGAAAUGAUGAAGCCACCAGUAGACAUUAGAAAGCCAGGCCGGCCAAGGAAGAAGAGGAUAUUGUCAUAUGAUGAACCAAGAGGUCAGAAGAAGGCUAGAAGAUGUAGUAGGUGUAAAAAUGAAGGUCACUACUCAUCAACUUGUGUUGGUGGUCCAGUUGGAGGAAAUCCUAAGGGAUUCAAGCCUAGAACAUGUGUUGAUGGCACAAAGCAGACAACAGUUGAAGCUCCACCAAAGAGAAAGUACAAAGCUAAAGCUGCUGCAAAUUCUGGAGGUGCAUCUGCUGCAAAUUCUCAACCUUGUGCUAGCAGAUCUAAGACGCAAACAAGCGUUGCUCAAUCUUACCAACCAGCUGCAACAUCUUCUGCAAAAUCCAAAGGUGUCAUGAGAAAGGCAGGUGAUGAAUCUUGUUCUCAGUCCAGUUUCAGUCAGCACAACACCCAUGUUGGAUCUGUUAGCAACAACAUAACCUUUACAGCUCCAAACCCAAAAGGAAAGAAGAGAGCAAAGAAGUAUAUGAAGCUUUAGAUGUACCUAUUUUAUGUUGGUUUGUGUUUAUGAUGACUCUAUUUUAUAUUUGAAUGUUAAGACAAUUUCUGGAAUGUUAUGUUAAGAUAAGACAGUGUAGAGUUACUAAAAUAGAUAGUCUUU